UAUUCAGUAGUAUUUAAACAAACUUAAUCCUAAAGCAAUCCCUUUGAUUUAAGUUGAGAAAACUAACAUUAAAAUGAAGUUUGGAAAAGAAUUUACUUCACAAAUGGUGCCAGAAUGGGAGGAAGCUUACAUGCAAUACAAUAACCUCAAGACAAUCUUGAAAGAAAUCUUGAUUUUUCGACGACUGAGGCAGAACCAAACAUCUCCACCAUACCAGUCUCCACAAAAAGUGAUAUUGUCCGAAAGACACUCUCUCUAUACAGCUUUUAGUGGGCUAACGAAUCGGGUUGGUAAUUACAAUGAGGAAAACAGUAGCGAUACCGAAGAAGUGAUUCUUGUAAGUGAAAUACAGCAUCAGGAGCAAUGCAUGCACUACCAAACUAUGUUUUUUCGGUCGUGGGAGGAAGGAGCAGAGAAUGAGAUUGUGUUCUUCAAAAGACUUGAUGAUGAGUUUAAUAAAGCAAUCUGUUUCUACAAACGACAGGUGGACGAGGUGGUGAUGGAGGCGGAGGAGUUGAACAAACAGAUGGAUGCUCUCUUUGCUCUUAAAGUUAAAAUCAAUGAUCUCAAUUUUCACACUUCAUCUACACCACCAAAUUCAGGUUUAUCGCCGUUAGAUGAGAUCCAAGAAACACCAGAAAGAAACCAAACAAAGAUGGUUUCUUUAGAUAUUCUAAAUCACAUAAAGAUCAAUGUCACACCAGAAUCCGGAUUAUCACCACCCUGGAGAACUAUAUUUGAUGGGACCAAAUCUGGUCUAUCAUUUAGCAAAAGUGAGCUCAGAACUGCACAAGCCAAACUGAAACAAGCUUUUGUCGAGUUCCAUAGAAAGCUCCGGCUUUUGAAAAGCUACUGUUUCUUGAAUCAACUGGCUAUAUCCAAGAUCAUGAAGAAGUAUGACAAGGUAACCUCAAGAAACGCAUCGAAAGCUUAUCUGGAGAUGGUUAAGAGUUCUUACUUGAGCCAAUCUGAUGAGGUUGUUAAACUCAUGGAACGAGUAGAAUCUGCGUUUAUUACACAUUUUGCCAAUGCAAAUCGAAGUCUAGGUAUGAAGGAUCUAAGGCCAAGGGCUAAAAAAGCCAAACAUGGAGUAACAUUUUUUGUGGGUUGUUUCUUUGGGUGUUUGAUAUCACUUGUGGUGGCAGUCAUAUUAACAAUACACGCUAGAGAUCUUCUCAAGAGUGCUGGUCGCGACCAAUACAUGACUAACAUAUUUCCAUUAUAUAGUUUGUUUGCAUACAUUGUGUUACAUAUGCUUAUGUAUGCCGGCAACAUAUACUUUUGGAAGCGUUUUCGUGUCAAUUACGCUUUCAUUUUCGGGUUCAAACCGACUACAGAAUUGGGUUGUAGAGAAAUUCUACUUCUCAGCUCUGCUCUAUUAGUACUCACUCUUGCAGCUGUACUCUCCAAUCUUGAAAUGGAAAUGGAUGAAAGAACUCUAAGUUUCACAACUCUAACGGAACUGGUCCCUCUAGGUUUAUUCAUUGUUUUACUAUUGAUAAUGAUUUGUCCGCUUAAUAUCAUGUAUCGUGCAAGCCGGUUCUUUCUCAUAGUGAACCUAUGGCAUUGUGUUUGUGCACCUCUUUAUAAAGUCACUUUCCCUGAUUUCUUCUUGGGCGAUCAGUUGACCAGUCAGGUUCAGUUACUCAGGACCGUGCAAUUUUAUAUUUGCUACUAUGGUUGGGGAGACUUCAAGAGGAGAUCAAACACAUGUAAUCAAAGCAGUCUCUACGAGUUUCUUAAUAUAUUUAUCCCGAUUAUCCCAUACUGGUUUCGCUUGCUUCAGUGCAUGCGUCAAGGAUUUGAACAGAAGGAAUAUCGUCCGGCCAUGAAUGGACUCAAGUACUUGUUGACAAUUGUUGCGGUUGUCACAAGAACACUUUAUGUUCAGAGGAGAGGAACGACAAUGAGAAUCAUAGCCGCAUCUAGCUCGGGUGUGGCUACAAUUUAUAACACCUACUGGGAUAUGGUGAAGGACUGGGGUCUUCUUUGUAAGGACUCCAAGAACCCUUGGUUAAGAGAUAAACUCAUUUUACCAAGCAAAUCAGUCUACUUUAUAGCAAUGGUAAUGAAUGUUAUAUUGCGACUCUCAUGGAUGCAAACAGUUUUAGAUUUCUAUGAAGCUCCUUGGCUCCAUCAGAGCGUGAUGAUUUUCAUAGUUGCUAGUUUGGAGAUUGUUCGUCGGGGUUUAUGGAAUUUUUUCAGGGUGGAAAACGAGCAUUUGAACAAUGUUGGGAAAUUUCGAGCGGUUAAGUCGAUCCCCUUGCCCUUUAGCUACGAGGACGGACAAGGAACUAUGAUUCACUAGCGUAAACCAUCAAGUAAUUAUGGUUACCAUGUAACUUUUUCACAUCAUUUUAGUUGUAUAAAUGAUGAAAGCUAGAGUGACUAAAACUAAAUCUAGUUGAGGUCACCUUUUUUCUCUGAAGAUAUAUAUGAUUUUCUCAUAACUUAAAGUUUAAAAAUAUUUAAUACGACUAUAUUUAAAAAAAAAUGUUUCG